GCCAUUUUGAGCGUUGCUAGGAGACAGAGACGCCCCUGGAGGAGGAGGAGGGAGCAGGUCCAAAAUAGUUAUCUAGAAAGAAGCAUGGAAUCAGGAAGGAAGAGAAACUGCUGUUUCAUGGUGUAUCUUGAAGGUUUAGAUCAGGAGAAAACUGAAAAGGAAAUGGAGACUGUGAGCAUCCAGAAGGCAUUUCAGAAGUUCAGAAGAAAACGACAGGAGGAACUGCAGAUGCUCCGAGGGAAGAAACUGUCCAUACAGAGCAGACUUCAGGAUCCCGACUACCGGUGGCAGCUGCGGAUGAAGUUUCUAGAGCAGGCAAAGAGUUACAUAGGUGUGCCCUACGCCAAGAAGUAUCACGAGCCGGGCACUCCAGAGUAUGAAUCCCCACUCUUCCUGGAUUGCUGUGGACUAAUUCGGAGGGUGGUGCAUGACUUAAAAUCGGAAUUUGGCUUUUGCAUCGGUCCAGGAAACCAGGCGUAUCAGUACGACACACUCCCCAUCACUCUGCCCAGUGAGGAGCACAUGAAGCCGGGAGACCUCAUCUUCAUUUCAGGAACGUACUUCGACCCAGACCGAAGGAGGCAAUUCCAUGACAUUGUCCACGUGGAGAUCUGGCUGGGGUCUGGUGAGCGCAGCCUCGGGGCCAGGUGGAAAAGGGGCAGACUGCAGAUCUUUGAUUCCUACAGGUUUGUCUCUCCCUCCUAUGGAGACAUGGAAUAUCACUUCAAGUCCAUUGAAACUUGGCUCCAAGGCAUCUGUGUCAGCCAUUGCCCAGAACACAAGUGGGCUUCCGUUAGAGAGCUUCCCGGCAGGAAGUCUGUCUUCUAUCCUGAGGCUGAACAGCAGGAACCUGCUGACGAUGAUGGAGGUGGCAUGGAAAAAGAAGGCGAAAUGCAACUGAAAAAUGAAGACACAGCUCCCAGAUCCCAAAGCAUGGCUCAGGACAUAAUGAGCAGGACCAGAUUGAGGGAGAGCACCCAUAUAAUUGCUGUGGAUGUACAGGGCAUCCCAAGAACUGGGUCUAAUGUUACCAGAGAGGAUGAAGUAGAAAGGGGGUUAGAUACAGAAACUAGUAAAAACAGAGGACAGUCACCAGCGAGCAUGCUGCUGGAGAGUAACCUUACUAAGCCGGACUUGGAAAGCAGUAACUGUGCAUGCCCAGUUGGAAAUUUGGGUCAGGAUAAAGGUUCUGAGAAAGCCCAAGAACCAAAGACAGCGACAAAAGUCGCAUCUGAGGCCAGCCAAGCAAACGAUAGCAAGGAGAACAGUAUAGAUCUCAAGCCUUCCCAGAUCAUCCAUGAUUUUGGUGUAAUUGCUGAAAAUGCCCCUUCAAGCUCCAAAUUAAAUUCCAAGGGGAAAAAGGGAACCAAGUCGAUGACAAAAGAAGGAGCUAAGCAGCUGGUUGGAUCCUCAUCAGCUGAUACAGAUUCCACAUAUUUAGGAAGCAGCAAGUUCAGGUGUAUUUUCGGAAAGGAAUUGCUGAAAAUCAUGGGCAUUAAGAACAAACGCACUGCUUCCAGCGCAUCUGAAGUGGAGCUGGUGGAUGAAGCCAAGUCCAAAGGGAAUAAAACAAAUCACAAAACAGUCCCUGAAGUAGAUCAGCCGGAAGACAAGAAGGUGGAGGAGCCUCCGUCGUCAGGGCCGUUCUUUUACAUUGGCGGUGCUAACGGGGCUGGACUGGUGAGCGUCUACUGCAGGAGCAAAGGCUGGCAGCGUAUCCAUGACAACAAAAGGGAGGAUUACAAACUGAAAUGGUGCGAGACCAAGAGCCGAGAGACCUAUUACAACUUCAAAGAAGGCGAACAGCUUCUCUACCAGAUCCCCAACAAUAAGGUCCUCACUACUAAGAUUGGCCUUUUGAGCAACCUGAGGGAGUAUGAGCGGGUGAUGAACAAGAUCAGCAAGAACUUGAAUGCCAAGAUACUGAAGAUGGAAGACUUCUUCCCAGAAUCCUUUCGUCUGGAUAUAAAAGAUGAGAGAGAAGCUUUCUUUGAACUUUACAAAGACACACAGAUUUGGAUCUGCAAACCCACCUGCUCCAACCAAGGGCGAGGAAUUUUCCUGCUUAAAAAUCAAGCAGGUGUCAACUCGCUUCAGGCCAAACUCCAGAGCAUCGAGGAAGACCCUCUGUACAAGAAGGUGCCGUACAAAGCUCCCCAGGCAAGAAUAGUGCAAAGGUAUAUCCAAAAGCCUCUGCUCCUAGAGGGGAAGAAGUUUGAUGUCCGUUCUUACCUCCUCAUUGCCUGCACGGUGCCUUAUGUAUUAUUUUUCGGCCAUGGCUAUGUCCGACUUACCUGCACCCACUACAAUGCCACUUCCGAUGACCUCACUGCUCAUCUGACCAAUCAGUACAUGCAGAAGAAAAACCCCCUAUACAGUCAGCUGAAGGAGGAGACGGUGUGGCGGAUGGAGCGCUUUAACAGCUACAUUAAUGAUAAAUUCAGGCAAGCCAAGGGCCUCCCCAAGGACUGGGUCUUCACCGUGUUCACUAAGAGAAUGCAGCAAAUCAUGAUGCAGUGCUUCCUGGCUGUCAAGUCCAAACUUGAAUGCAAACUGGGCUACUUUGAUCUCAUUGGCUGUGAUUUCUUGAUUGACGAAGACUUUAAGGUCUGGCUCCUGGAGAUGAACGCAAACCCUGCGUUGCACACCAACUGUGCAGUGCUGCAGGACAUCAUCCCCACCGUGGUCAAUGGGACUCUGGAUUUGGCCCUUGAGAUUUUCAACAAGAGCUUGAAAGGCCAGAGGAUUUUACCUUUGCGGACACAGAGCCAUUUUGUGCUGCUCCAUAACGGGGGUACAUCUGAAGCUGGACCAAGAUCCUCAAAGACCAGGAACGCCCUGGGUAUCUCUAGGAACCAAAGGUCAUUGACGGAAAGCACCAGCCACCUUGCUCGGCAUUCUCCCAAAGCGGCAGAGAAGCCUCCAAAGAAACCAAGUGACUCUGGGGAAAACACCAUCUCCCCUCCUCAGAAGGUUUCCCAGAGAACUGUCUUAACUAUGCCACAGGUGCAGGUCACUGACAUACACAGCAUCUACGCCUGCCAUCCUUUCAAACCCACAGCCCGAAGCGGCCAGGUGAGCAGUACGUGCAACCAGUACAUUAUUAGGCCUCUGACAUUCUCAGCGGAAGGUAGCCUGGCAAAGCACCGCACAGACGAUGGCUCAGAAAAGGACACGGCCAGCACUAUCGUUCCCACAGCUGCUGCUUCAAAAGAGACCGCUUAUGGCGUGUGGUUACAGCAGACUUUCGGGAUUAAAUCUCCCACACCCACUAAAGAAGACCUGGCCUUCAUCAGCUCCCAGAUGGUCUCUCUGCACCUCCAGUCCAAGGUCUCAGGUAGCUCGCCUUGCUUGGGAGGCCACUCCAAGCCGCUCUGCCAACCCCUGACCCACCCCACAGCCAAGGAAACACCAUCGACCAGUGACAGCAAAGCAGCGGCUGUAUCCCAGGGCGCCGAGCCGCCUCCAGAUGAUCAGAAAAAGGUGUCCCAUCGCGGGUCUUAGACUGAGAUUGCUGUGUGUUGAGUAUAUGAUGCUUUCCUAUAAGGAACAUAAAAAACCCCCAAACAUUCUAUAUAUCUGUGACGUAUCUAAGCAUUUUAUGGAAACAGUCACUGAUUUUUAAAAGCUGUUUUGUUAUUUUAAAAGAAAGAGAGAGAUGAUUGUGCAAUACACUGACCACCAAUGUAACCCCCCCCCAUAAUCAAUAUGGUUCACUCCCCUCCUCCUGCACACAGCUGUCAAUUUAGAAAGACCAUUGCACUUUGAUUUUUGUUUUUUAAAUAAUAGCAUCAUCCUAUAAAUCCAUGGAAUGAGACUGAAACCACAGCGUGUGAUGCCCUCUUCCAGAGUGUUUCUUUCCAUGGCAGCUGAGCAGUCUCAGUUAUACCCAUGUAUGCCAUUGUGUGUCCUGUGCAAUUAUCUAUGUAAUGUGCACUCCUAAUCAUGUAUUAUUGCAGAUA